UGAAAAUCUGGAGAGCCAGCAAAUCGCUCAACGCAAUGAGAGAAGCUAAGGAGAUAUGUUUGAAGAAUCGGUAGAUGACUCGGCUACCAAAGGAAGUAAAAUGCAGUGUUUUUUAGGUUAGGUUAGAUUCGGGUGGAUUGGGAUAGGUUAGUUUUGUUUUGGUAUUGUUACAUUAUUUAAUACUAUAUUGUAGUGAGUAUGAAUACACUAUACAUUAUAUGAAUACACAUAUUGAUCACUAAAUAUAUGAAUAAGAUCAUAAAUCAUUUAACACAAUUAUGCUAAAUGAACAUGUUCAUCAUUAUUUGAUAUGAACUAGGACAAGUCUGACCAACGUGAUUUAAACUUGUGUAAAUCAUGAAGCUAGAAGGUUUUGUAAAGCUAGUAACAUUAUGGGGAAAUUUUUAAAAGGUCAAUGCAUCAGGUGCUAUAAAAAGCAUGUACUGCUAAGUAUGGCAGAAAAUAUGCACAAAACCGUUUCAAUGAAACACAAUACAGUGGAAGGAGUGCAACAUUCAUGUUUUGGGGCAAUUUGCAUGGACUAACAUGAUUUAAACUUGUACAAAUGAUGAAUCUAAAACUUGAUGUCAAGGUCUGCACCAGGUGCUACAAAAUAUGUAGUGCCAAUUAUAGCAGUGAAAAUGCACAACACCAUUCCAAUGAAACAAGAAGUCAGUGCAAGAAGUGUUGAAUAGCUCAGCUACCAAAGAAAGUGAAAUUGAUGUGAGGCAAAGAAGAGUUGGGACAAAUAUGGAAAUCAAGAAGAUAAAAGAGCAUUCAGACUAGCCAAUGAAUUAGUGAAAAAAGGUAGCUCAGGCCAAAGCCAAAGAAUUGAGCCAGAUUUACUAGGAAUUAGAAACAGCUGAGAGUGUUUUAUUACCAAAUUGAUAUAAUUAAUUAUAAUAUAUUAAAAAAUAUUCAAAUAAAGAACUUAAUGAAUUUUUGUUGUAGUUGAGCUUGAAUGGCUGUCUCACUGACAUUUGACUGAAUAGAAGCGAUUUUAUGGCCUGGAUAAGUAUUAAUGGAUACUGAAAGUAAAUCAUUUACAUGAAAUAUACUUUCCAGAAUUGACAUAUUAUUUAUGUAUAUUUACAUACAAUAAACAUUCAAAUAGGCUAUUCAAAAGAAGAACCAAAUGAAUUCUAGUUGUAGUUCAGCUUAAAGAAUUGGACAACUGAUUUUUGUUUGAUUGAUAGUGAUUUCAUGUCCCAUUUCUCAAUAAAUUGAAUGUAUACUGGAAGUAAAUCAUUUUCAUAUACUAUGCUUCUCAUAAUAAUUGACAUAUAAUAUAAGUAAAUUCCCUAAAUUAUGAUUACAAUUACAGUAUUUAAAAGAGAACUUGAUGAAUUUUAGUUGUAGUAGGGCUAAAACCGCUGUGAAACUGGGUUUUCAUUGUGUCAUAGUGAUUUUAUGGCCUAUUUCUCAAUAAAUUGAAUGUAAACUGAAAGUAAAUUAUUAAUAUGAAUUAUACUUUACAGAAUUGACAUAUUAUUCAUGUUACUGAAUAUAUUAUUUGAUAUAGGUAGAAUAUUUUUUGUAUGCCUAUUCCUGAAUAUAUGUGAAGACUGAACUUCAUGUAAGGCUACAUUCAUUAAAUAUUAGUUAUUCCAAUUCAAUUAUGCAUCAUUAUCCAUCUUGAAUUCACCAAGUGUGUACCAUGUGCACUGCAAAGUGGGUAUUUAGUUUAUAUAUGCACCUGCUAUAAUCAAUUUUGUUUUAUGGUAAAUUAUAAAAUAAGUCAUUUUUCAAGUUUCAUUUUCAGAUAGAAUGGAGAAUAUCCAAAAAACAAUAAACUAUAUGUUGGCGAGUGUGGACCGGAAGUAGGAGAUCCUCCACCUGAAAAGGAGGAAGAUGAGAGAAUCAAUAGAAGCCAUUUUGAAAAUGACUUCCAAAGAUAAUAAUAUAGGCUUCUCGAAUCUAGCAAUUGAACAAACAGAGAGAGACGAAUUUGAAAAGGAAUACCCAUCAAGUUCACUGGAUGAGUUCCUUGAUCAGGAGGAGAAGUUGAAAGGAGAGCACAAAGGAAUUACAUUACAUUGGUAAUGUUUGAAAGUGAUCAGGGAGGCUUGUCAUUAGAGCUUAUGAAGGAGCAGAGCUGUAAGUACACCAUUGCUUGAAUAGGAGUCAUUUCAAUACAAUUAAGUAUUAUGAUUCCAAUUUUGAUAUGAUUCAAGGUCUUAUUCUAUAUAAUAACAUUAAAAAAUUAUUUAAAUGGGUCAAUAAUUGAGGCAUGAUUCAAUUAUCCAGUUUUGAUAAUUUUGCUGCGUAAUUCGACUACGGUCGAACAGACAAUUUAGCCCUUGAGUGCGUAAUUCGACUUUAGUCCACAUCAUUGAAAAAACUUCUCCUUUGGCAGCGUUAUUCGACUACAGUCCCAAGUGAUGAAAAUGCAUUCAUUUCAUGCCUGUAUCGUGCUGCAACCUAGGGAGAUGCUUCCAAAGUAGGAGAAGUCACAUGGCUUUGUUUACGUUCUCAAGACAGUUUACAGUGUACAACCGCGGCGUGUUCCGAUAUAUUUCUAACAAUUGCUUUGCUCUUUAGUUUCGAAAUUUUUCUACCAAGUUUAUUGAAUUGUAGUGUAUAAGUUCCAGUAGUGAAAAUAGUGUUUAGGUGAUUGUGUAAAGCUUAGUAGCAGUGAAUUUAGAAACAUUUCAGUAGUAGUGAAUGUAGGAACAUUUUUUCGGAUAUAUUUCUAACAUUUGCUUUGCUCUUUAGUUUUGAAAUUUUUCUACUAAGUUUAUUGAAUUGUAGUGUAUAAGUUCCAGUAGUGAAAAUAGUGUUUAGUUGAUUGUGUAAGGCUUAGUAGUAGUGAAUUUAGAAACAUUUCAGUAGUAGUGAAUGUAGAAACAUUUUUGUUAGGUAGGUUAUGUAGCCUACAGCAUUGUUAUUAGGUUAUUUUCAUUCUAAAAAUGACGAGUCCUUUGUUAGAAGAUGACAUUCUAAACUUUCUUGAGACCAAUGACGAUUCAGAUUUAGAUUUUGAACUCUCAUCUAAUGAUGAAUCAGACGAUUCAGAUGAUGGAGCAAUAAUUGAAGAAAAUAUCCCUGCAGCAGGUACAUCGUCUUGUAGUGGUAGUCAUAAGGAUAUUACAUGGAGAACUGUGAAUGUUUCUGAUGGACCUCAUUUCAAAUUGGACAGCAUUGCACAAUAUUCUGGACAAUCUUGUAUAAAAUUCCCGAAACACCUAACUCCCACCGAAACAUUUCAUUUAUAUUUUCCAGAAGAAAUUUAUGAACAUGUUGCUGAACAAAGUAACAUUUAUGCCUUGCAAUGUGUUGAUGCUACCUAUGACAUACCUAAGAGGUCUAGACUCCAUAAAUUAGAGGAAUUCACUGCAAAUCAAAUUCAAGCUUUUGUUGCAGCUCAAAUUGGGAUGGGUCUAACAAAAAAACCAGCUGAGGACUCAUUUUUUCAAGAUAGCUUUUGGUUGACAAAAACCCCUGGUUUCAGUAGAAUUUUCAAUAGAGACAGCUACCAACUUCUAAAAACAUUCCUUCAUUUUAAUGAUAAUGCUAAACAAAUUCCCAAAGGACAGGUAGGAUAUGACAAAUUGUUCAAGAUCAGGCCUCUGCUUGACAUUACAUCAGAAAAGUAUAUGGAGAGCUACACUCCUGGUACAGCCAUUGCCAUCGAUAAAAGCAUGGUGAAAUUCAAAGGCAGGCUUUCAUUCAAGCAGUACCUCCCUUCUAAACCCUCUUCCAAAUGGGGAAUAAAGGUGUGGUCCAUGUGUGACUCUUCUAAUGGUUUCAUGCUGAAAUUCAGGAUUUAUACAGGUAAAGAGACAAUAAAUACCGAUGAUGGACUAGGAGCAAGGGUUUGA